UUUUUCAAAGAAAAAAUAUAAGACAAUUUUUUCACUUAUGAAAUUCGUAACCGACUGACGAUUUGCGCUUCAAAGGGAAGCUUUUUUGGGAGUUCAUAUUUCUUGAUGGCAGACUCAAGCAUCACAUAGAAUUGCAUCACAUCAAAAAUAGAAAGAAUUCGAAAAUCCAAAUUCACUGAGUCAAUGGGGCCAAUAUUCACAGGGGUGUCCAAUCAGCACCCCGCGGAGUGAACUCGUGAAAGUUUAAUUGUUUAAACAUUGAUGAUAACCAAAAAAACAUAAAAAUGCACAAUAUCGAAAUCGAGGACUUUUAUCAUCAUGAUUUCACAACAGCAUCAGAAUGGGAAGUCUUUGUUGCACGUCUGGAGGAAAUUAUACACGAAUGGAAAUUGCCACAGACAAAGAUCGGUUCCACUUUGAAACCAGGAGAUUUUAUCAAUUUAGGAUGGACACAAAGAUCAGAGGAACUCAAUUUUGCAGAUGUCGGCUUUGCCUUGAAGCAUUUCAAAUUGAAAACCGAGGAUGAUGAGACUGUCGAAGGUACAGUAGAAGAUAUCGAAGACGGCCACACUCAAGCGCACAUUGAUGCUCUAGACCCAGCAAAUGAUUUUGUUCGCCUCGAAGACGACCAUUUGGAAAUUGCUCGUUAUUAUGGCAUUCGUGAAUUUGUUGUUUUAGUCCCAUCAAAGCGUCAAUCCAUCCUUGAUGAAACGAGAAUAAAGAUUCUUGUUAGUUCUCUCACAAUAGCAGCAAACAAUGCAAAUUGUGAAAUACCAGCUUUAGUUCAAGUUCAAGAACAAUGGCAAAAGUUUUAUCUUGGCAUUAGCGUAGGCCGAGGUACUUCGACUCAUUUGGAAAUGAUUCACUUGAAAAAGACUCCUCCGCACUGCCGAUAUCUUACAGGCUUGCUUGCACUGUUCAAACAAAAGAUCAGUGAUGGUUGUGGUAUACGAUUAGAGCCAGCAAUGGUCUCUGCAAGAUUUUCAUACGUUCUGAAAGAUUGGACGAAUUUCACGUGGACACAGGAGCCUCCGGAUUUCGAUUUCAUGCAAGGAGAAACAUUAGGUGUAGCUGAGCUCGGAAAAUUGCCGUUCGGAGCGACGUUCGAUCCCGUUGGUGAGCUCAACCUCUUCGCGACUUGGCCACAAAUGUCGGAAAACAUAGUCGUCGAUAGCGAAGGUUUUUCCGACUUCGAGCCGCAAUUGGCGCCCGAAUGGUCGGUGCAAGUGAAAAUGAUUUCAUCGCCGGCUUGUUUGCUCGGUGAAUAUUUAACCGAUUUUAUUCACCUUUGCGCGAGCCAGAAAACUAUGGUCGAUUUGUUGGGCGAAGCUGCUGAUUGUGGGGCCGAUUACAGCGAUCACAUGUUGAGCUCUGCGUUCAACGUUUUGACGGAAUCUCGAAUCCCGACGUUAUCAAACGUCGUUAAUAGAGCCGCUUCAAAAAGAAGCAAAAACGUCGAAGGUCCCAUUUCGGAAGAAAUUCUUGUACCGAUUUUAUACUUUCUAUUCCCGGAUGCUGAAGACAAUCAGAAAGCUCCUUACGGCGAUAUUAACGCGUACAGUCUCGAGGACGAUCCAUGGAGAGGCGUAAAGACCUGCGCCGUCGACGGAUUGGUUUGGCGAUUGGCGAUCGUGGCUGCGCAUUGUGCUCACAAUCUCGGUGGCGCCGGGGCUUUGGCACAAAUUUGGCACGAAUUUGUGCAGGAAAUCCGCUAUCGAUGGGAAAAAAGUAUCGCCAUACCAGGAAUCGGCACAGGAUUCCCGGACUCCGUAAGAACGUGCAUCCUCCACCAGAAGCUCCAAAUGAUGAAUUGUUGCGUCGAGAGAAAAAAGGCUCGCGAGGAGACCGCUCAGAGGCAUCAGCAGAGCAUGGAAAUGGAUUUCGACACCGAAUCCGAGGACGAAGAAGAAUUUUUCGAGUGUACGAGCGACGAAUCGAUCAAGCCCGACGAUUCAACUCCGCCGAAAACGCACACAAAGACGAAACACUUGUUGUGGAAUCGUCCGACUGGCAGACUAGCGAAACAUCCAUCUUUGCGUCUCAUCAAAACUGGCGAUGCUCUUUAUUUGCCUGUCACUCAAGAUCCAGUCCCGAAAACCGAAGAUCAACUCGAGGAGGAUGCCCAAGUUAUGAUGCAACUUGGCACUGACAAGUACGCCUCAGAAAUGCGCGCCAGACUCAUGAGCGCUUCUUUGCUUUCUGACAUGGAAUCUUUCAAGGCUGCGAAUCCUGGCGCAGAACUCGAAGAUUUCAUCCGCUGGUAUUCGCCUCGCGACUGGGUGGAGGAAGAGGGCGUUGACGAAUGGGGACAGCCCGGAGGUCAUCUUUCGCCGCGUAUGAGAAUAUCGAACAAUCCUUGGUCAACGACGUGGAGCUCGGCUCAGCCUGUGCCGGCACACAGGCAAAAACGUUUGUUCGACGAUACUCGAGAGGCCGAGAAAGCAAUUCAUUAUUUAACGUCGAAGAGACUCGGUCAGGUGGCUCAACUGCUUUUACCAGUGCUAACACACGCGGCGCUUUAUACGCUGAGCAAACAGAAACAAAAUGCAAUGCCCAAUUUGCCUGAGGUGACGCAGAGCAUAUUGAAUAAAUUGCAACACGCCACGAAACCGCUUCAUCAGAAAUUACAAUUGUACGAGGAAAUUGCGAGGGACAUCGAAGGCAUCGAGGCAUUAGUGGCGCAAGCCAAUUCACUGCAGCACAAAUUAUGCGGCAACGAUGAUUGCAAAGAGUUUGCUUCUUUUAUCGUUCAGCUAAUGCGCAGCAAAGAAGUUUCUGUCCCGGGAGGUGCGAGAGGCAACAUCGGGUCGCGUAUCACGACCAUGUUUCGCGACGCUCAAAAGGCCGCGCAGAUGAUGACUUCGGGCAGCGCGAACAAUGACGUCGAAACAUCGGGCGACGGAAAACACAAGACUUUCCCGGAAGCAUCGUGCAAAGAAUUCAUACUCCGAGCAGUAACGCCGAGACCUUCGCCGACAUCGACUCCUCAACCGCAACGAAUGUACGCCUGUUUGAAACGAGAUUACAUUAGAUUAGCAGGAUUUUUUUCAGAAGAUACGACCUUUUUUUGAAUCAGCCAAAGCAGACCAGAGGAGAAAAAUGUCUUUUCAAAAGACAAAAAUCGUUUUGCCAAAACGGUUGAAGAAUAUGUCCGCACCGAAAAUAUUUCGCUAAAAAAACAUGCAGAAAGAAUAAUGGAAAUAUAUUGUAAAGUGCGCAUGAAUAUGCACCGUGAAAAGAAAGUGGUACGUAUUUUUUUCCCGCAUACUUGCGUCACUGACAGCGAACGAGUUAACGGUACUACCGAAUUCGCAGGCAACGAUUAAUCGAAGCAUCACAUCCGUAGAUACAUAUACGCAAUUCUCGAAAUAAUUACACAUAUCGAUUUUCAAAAAUUUAUAUUACUAACGAAUUUAUAUUAAUUGUGUACAGAAAAAUAGUUUAUCAUCGACAUAUUAGAACAUUAAAAAGGAAUCGACGAUUGCUCAUCGAUUUGUGGUAAAAAAAAGAAACAAUAAAAUGAAUAACGACAA